CCCCGCCGCUUCCCCUGCAGCAUCUCCUGGACAGCUUCCAGUGCGGCCGAGAAGAUGACCACCUCUCUUACGGGGAAACGGGAAUGCCGGUCCCUCCUUUCGGCUGCACCUUUUCUGGAGCCCCGAAUUUGGAGCAUGUACUGGCAGUUGCAAAUGAAGAGGGAUUUGUUAGACUGUAUGAUACUGAAGCUCAAACUACCAGCAAACUCAUCUUUAAGGAAUGGCAGGCUCACUCAAACGCUGUAUUUGACCUUGCCUGGGUACCAGGGGAACACAGGAUUGUCACUGCUUCAGGAGAUCAGACAGCCAAGGUGUGGGACGUGAGAGCCGGCGAGCUUCUUGGCAUAUGCAAAGGUCACCAGUGUAGCCUCAAGUCAGUUGCUUUUUCUAGAUUUGAGAAAGCUGUCUUCUGUACUGGAGGCAGAGAUGGAAACAUCAUGGUUUGGGAUACCAGAUGCAACAAGAAAGAUGGAUUUUAUAGGCAGGUGAAUCAAAUCAGUGGAGCACACAAUGUGGUUGACAAGCAGACUCCUUCCAAACUGAAGAAGAAGAGGCAGAACCUAAGAGGGCUUGCUCCCUUGGUGGAUUUCCAGCAGAGUGUAACUGUGGUGCUGCUUCAGGAUGAGCAUACUCUUAUCUCUGCAGGAGCUGUUGAUGGCGUGAUCAAAGUAUGGGACUUGCGCAAGAACUAUGCUGCUUAUCGUCAGGACCCAGUGCCUUUCAAGUCUUUUUGCUACCCUGGGACCAGUACCCGCAAACUUGGAUAUUCUAGCCUGGUUUUGGAUUCCACCGGUGCUAAUCUGUUUGCUAACUGCACUGAUGACAGUAUCUACAUGUUCAAUAUGACAAAUUUAAGGACCACUCCAGUGGCUGUUUUCAGUGGGCACCAGAAUUCAACCUUUUACAUCAAAUCCAGCACCAGCCCAGAUGACCAGUUCCUGGUCAGUGGCUCGAGUGACUGCAACGCAUACAUCUGGAAG